GCGACUCCCCGGGCCCCGGCGUCCCGCCGCCACACGCCGCCCAGCCCCGAGCCAUGGCCCUGACGCUCGGCAGCAGGUUCCAAGGAGGGAAGGCGUUCGGCUUGCUCAAAGCGCGGCAGGACCGGAGGCUGGCGGAGAUCAACCGGGAGUUUCUCUGUGACCAGAAGUACAGCGAUGAGGAAGACCUCUCAGAGAAGCUUGAGGCCUUCAAAGAGAAGUACAUGGAGUUCGACUUGAACAACGAGGGUGAGAUUGACCUGAUGUCUCUGAAGAGGAUGAUGGAGAAGCUGGGGGUGCCCCGGACCCACCUGGAGAUGAAGAAGAUGAUGGCGGAGGUGACGGGCGGCAGCAGCGACACCAUUUCUUACCGGGACUUUGUGAACAUGAUGCUGGGGAAGCGGUCGGCCGUGCUCAAGUUAGUCAUGAUGUUUGAAGGAAAAGCCAACGACAGUGACCCCAAGCCCAUUGGGCCCCCUCCCGAGAGAGACAUUGCCAGCCUGCCCUGAGGAGCCCCGCCAGGCCCUGCCCCUGCCCCCUGCCCAGCCCUCCUCCCCACUGCC